AUGGCUGCUGUGACAUCUGGGAUCAUUCCACAGAGCGGUCUUCCCGCAUCAGCUUUGGAGAGCUGGGAGAGAAGCAACGACAACGUUCCCCUCUUUGAGCCUUUCGACGUUCCUGGUCGACAGGACACGGCCAGCUUCGGUUUAUCGUGGUCUGCGCCGUUUCCGCUGGGUCUCAAGGCAACCAAGUCUCUAGGAUUAGAGGAGAGCAUUGAAGCCAUCAUCAGAAUAUCUCAAUCCGGCUACCUGGGCCGUUUGAUCAAGCAUCAUGGCGGGGCAGUUUUGAUUCGCGGCUUGCCCAUCGAGACUCCAAAUGACUACAGCAAGGUUGCUCAUGCUCCCCCCGAGCUGCCUAUUUGGCCACAUAGCGAGUACGGGUGGUCAACAAUCAACCCGGCAUGGCUGACCUUUAGCGCCCUUCAACUUCCCGACUCGGGUGGCGCAACCCCAAUCACCUCAGCCAUCUACAUUGCUCAUGAGCUGUCGCGUCAGGCACCCGAGUUUCUCUCGCACCUGCUGAACAAGGGAGUGAAGUAUGUCUAUCGAUACACGGUCAACCCACUCGUCUCCAAUACGGGAACGAGCGUGCGUGGUGCAUACGGACAGGAGGUCACAGACGAAGACGACGAGGCGACAGCCAAGGAGAAGAUCGAGAGUGAAGUACGCCGCCAUAGCGAACGCUUUGAGUGGCACGAGGACGGCAGCUUAAGCGUGACACACAUUGUUCCGGCCAUUCGCACCCACAACCCGACUGACGCGACGGUCUUCUUCGGGAACGUCACUUCCGCCUGGGGGCGCAGCAGACAUCAUGGUGCGACGAGGCCUCCGUUCCGCGGCGACGACGGGUCGUAUCACCCGCCACCGACAUACGGGGACGGCACGCCGAUUGACGUCGAGGACUUGGACCUGUUGCUGAAACUUGCGGAAGAGGGUGCCGUGGAUGUCGAGUGGGAGAAGGGAGACCUGGUGCUUCUCGACUCAGGUGUUGUCACCGCCGGCGGCGACAACCGUGGAAAGCGCAAAGGCGGAGGCAACACAAGCACCAGCAGCACCAGCAACGACUCAAGCAGCCGCCGCCCCGGCUACGACUCAAGCACCUGCACCAGCAGCUCCCGCGACAACACAACAGCCAGCAGCAGCAGCUCCCACCUCGUCUCCGAAGCAGGAACAACAACAGCAACCGGCGCAGACGCCAGCUCCAGCAGCUCAAGCACCCGUGACAACGAAGGCGCCUGCUCAGCAACCUCAAAAGACCACGGCGGCCCCUGCUGUCAACCCUCCGGCCAUCAGUAG